CGUACGGAUUCUACACGACGCACCACUAUUUUCUCAAUUCCUUAAAAGUUAAUAAAACCCGUUGAAAAUGCAUUCAUCAAAAUGGUAGAGUCUUUGCAGAUGUUUUUAUUUCUUUUCAAAUCAAAAUACAGACGAAAAUGUUCUUGGUUCUCGCCAUUUCUGUGUUCAGUUUUGAUCGUGUUAUUGUUUUGUAAUGGAGUUCUUACUAAGUGUAGUGAUCACAAUUGUGUGAAAGGUGUGUGUAAAAAUGAUACUUGCGUGUGUAAUGAAGGGUGGCAGGGACCCGAGUGCCAACACUGCGGCGGUAAAAUAAAAUUAACAGAACUAUCAGGCAUCAUAACAGAUGGUGCAGGUAAUUACAGUGUAAGCACACAAUGCUCAUGGCUUAUAUCACCUCCGGUUGUGCCUUCGCCUCCCCCAAUAAGGAUACGGUUGGAAUCAUUUGCAACUGAAUGUGGUUGGGACCACAUGUAUGUGUAUGAUGGUGAUAGUGUAAGGGCUGAGAAAUUAUUGGCUGUGUUUAGUGGUGUACUUGAAGAAGGCGAGUCUGGUUGGACAAGGCAAGUUAUAGCACGCUCUGGCAGUGCACUUAUACAUUUCUUCUCUGAUGAUGCGUACGCGAUGGAGGGAUUCAACGUUACGUACGCAACGUAUUCGUGCCCGUCGAAUGAUCAUAGGACGAACUGUUCUAAUCAUGGCGAAUGUGAAGAAGGCACAUGUAGAUGCGAGGCUGACUGGAUAGGGGUAGCCUGCGAUCAUCCUCUUUGUCCUGACAACUGUAAUGCUGAAUAUGGUUCAGGGCAAUGCACUCCACAUGGCUGCGAAUGUACUCCUUCAAGAACUGGGUCAGAUUGCAGUAAGGAUAGUUCUCAGGGUUCUUGGGGUUGGGAGUGGAAGGAGGAGGGAGAAGGAGGAGACAGACCAGGAAAUACCCCACCAGCAGCAGCAGGACAUUCACUGUUAGUGUAUGGAGAUGACUUGUUAAGGAUCGGUGGGGAGACUUUCUCGCAGGCGGAGUUUGUGUUCAGAUAUAAUACAGCGAAACGUGGAUGGACUACAAUGGAGGCUCGCGGGGAAAUACUGGCCCCAAGAUUCGCACACUCCUCCAUAAUCUAUGGCAACGAGAUUAUUGUCUAUGGAGGUGUUGUGGCGUCAGACGAGCCUGAUAGGGGUGGUGGUCUAGCAGGCGUAGAAGGCCGUGGUGGGGAAGUGACCAACGAAGUAUGGCGGGGUAUGAUAGAAGCGGAAUCCGUUCAAUGGCGGAAUGUCACACCCACAGCUUGCUCGCCGCAUUACAGACCGCCGCUGGGACAUUGUGGUGGUCUCCAUUUAUCGGGUCACACAGCGGUUUUAGUACAUUUGGGUAAAACCAAGAAACCAGUGAUGUUGGUAUUCUUUGGACAUUCUCCGCACUACGGUUACAUGCAUUUGGUUCAGGAGUACUACAUAGACGAAGGUAUAUGGUCAGUCGCGGUCACCCGUGGGUGGCCAGCUCGUGCUGGUUUCGGUCACACGGCCGCGUACGACGAUUUAUCACGUAGAGUGUACGUGCACGCGGGAUUAGUAUCGGAGUCAGAAGCUACUCAGGCUCCGUCAGCGGCGCUGUACGAAUACGAAAUUGAGACGCGCAUAUGGAGGCCGCUACCUUCAGCUCCCACGCCCCGAUAUUUACAUUCAGCGGUAUUUGUGGCACCAGGAGUAAUGUUAGUGUACGGCGGUAAUUCACACAACGACAGCGCAGUCGCAUCUGUAUCAAAUCCGGCGACUGCUAAGUGUUUCUCUGGGGCUGCUCUUUUAUAUGAUGUUAGAUGUCAGCAAUGGCUGCCUGCACCCAUCGGCCCUCUAUCUGCCAGAAUAGGUAGUGCAGCAUCAGUCUUACCCUUACAGGAUCGUCGAACAGCCAUCAUAUACGCCGGGUUUGACGGCCGUCUUCGUUCAGAUGCCCUAAAAUUUACUGUUGGUGAUAAGUGUUCGUCGCGCUCGGACGAAGCCGCGUGCCUCAAUACAGCGCAGUAUGGACUUGCCUGUGUGUGGAAGCAGGAUAGCUGUACUGCGAUUGAAGAAAUUGGUUGGAAGGACUCGUUCGAUAGUUCCGUGAAAGCCUGCGUGGCACCACCGGUUUUUGAUGACCGUCGAUGCGCAAGCGCAGAAUAUUGUGAGUCGUGCGCAGCCGCUAAUUGCGCAUGGUGCGGUGCGUGUAUGGCUUCCUCGCAUCACUGUGUUAGACAUUCGCAUCAGAUUGCAGUGAGUGUAGAAGAAUGCGGGUCAGGCGGCUCUGGCGGUGAGAUGUGUGCACGGUACCACUCCUGCGCAGCCUGUCACGCCCAUCUCCACAGACAUCCCCAUUUCCAGGGUUCAGAGGAGUUAAGUCAACGUGCUUGUUACUGGGACUAUGAUUCAGUUAAAUGUCGUCCGGCUAAUACUACUACGGAUAUAAGAAGCGUGGCCGCAACUAGUGGAUGUAACGCAGCGUGCGCGACGUUAACAACGUGCGCAAAUUGCACGGCCGAAGAGUGUAUUUGGUGUGCUUCUACGGGACGGUGUGUUGAUAAGAAUGCAUAUGGUGCCUCAUUUCCCCUCGGUGGAUGCCGUGCCUGGUCAACUAACGGAUGUACUUCCAACCACGUAACCGGAUGUGCUGCUCACGUAUCCUGUGCAUCAUGCAGAGCGGAACCAGCGUGUGGCUGGUGUGAUGAUGGAGCUGGAGGGGGAAGGGGUAUAUGUCUUCCGGGAGGGGAGAGACGACCACAUCAUCCACAUGUUUGUCCGCAUCGACGAUGGCACUUCACUCGCUGCCCCGCAUGUCAGUGUAACGGCCAUGCGAUUUGUGACAGUCAGAAUCGAUGUAUCCAGCCGUGUGCAGCGCGAGCUGUGGGAGAUCAUUGCGAUGUCUGUGCGCCUGCGCAUUGGGGAUCGCCACUUAACGGGGGAGUUUGUCAACCCUGUGAAUGUAACGCGCAAGCCGUCUCGUGCGCAGCGGAUACUGGUCGAUGCUAUUGCAGUACCAAGGGAUUGGCCGGAGAUCGUUGCGAUAAGUGUGAUAAUACUAACCAUUAUCACGCAGAUUUGUAUAACAAGGGGUGUUAUUACGAUCUAGCCGUGGACUACCAAUUCACCUUCAACUUAUCGAAGAAAGAGGACCGUCACCUAUCAGCGAUCAACUUUCGGAAUGCGCCCGUUAAACCUGAUGUAGACGCGGAUUUCAGUAUAACGUGCUCGGCCCACGCUCGUAUGAACCUCACUGUGCGUACGCGUACGGAUCCGGCAGAGAGAACGCUCUUCAGCGAUGUUAAUUGCACCAAUUUUAGAUAUAAGCCCUUCCAAUACAGGUUCGCGAAAUCGGAACACGCAUUCGGGGUCGAGGAUAACGUUACGCUGACAACAUUCUUCGUCUACGUAUACGACUUCCGUCCUCCGCUAUGGAUACAGAUCUCGUUCUCGCAGUAUCCAAAACUAAAUCUGCAGCAGUUUUUCAUCACGUUUUCCUCGUGCUUCCUACUGCUGUUGCUAGUUGCUGCCGCUCUGUGGAAGAUUAAGCAGAAAUACGACUUAUACAGAAGAAGGCAGCGUUUAUUUGUAGAAAUGGAACAAAUGGCUUCGCGGCCUUUUAGUCAAGUUUGUGUCGAGCUUGAGAGGGGCGGGGGAGGUGCAGGUGUUCCCGCCCCAGUAGCGUUAGAGCCCUGCAAGUGGGGCAGAGCGGCAGUACUAUCUCUACUCGUAAGGCUACCUACGGGAGGCACGGGUAGGGCUCCGCCUCUAGGCGGUCUCGCAGUGGCCUCAGCCCUUGUCACUUUGGGACACCAUCAUCAUGACCGAGCUGAUAGACCUCGGAAUCACAACCAGUGUAAAUAACAAAUGUAAGUGUACAUAUUAGGGCUCGAACACGCUCCGGAUAAUACUCAUAUGUGUAUAAACUGUGCCAGUCCAGUGUAAAGUUUAUCUUUUCUGGUUAAGCCAUUCUGAGUUAGUUUCCGUCAUAUUGGUGCCAAUUGACACGGACUAUUGCUAUCUUGCUCAUUAUACAUGACGUGUAGAGGACAGCUAUAGUUUGUUUUGCUAUAGAAUGCUAAAUACGUAUUUAGUUGAGUGUAAAGCAGCUAUAUUUAUUAUUUUACAAUAUUUAUUUAAUCAUGGUUAAGAUUUAUUGAAAUUAAAUAUUCUAAGAUUUAUCAUCUAAUAGGAGAAUCCGGGCUGAAGGACCACAAUACGGAUAUUGGUCCUUCGAUACGGAUUCCCUGAUACAAUAUUUUAUUAAAUCAAAUACGAAAUAGAUACGGUUGCUUAUAUUGUCAAGUCUGAGAUCCAUCAAUUUAUUUAAGCAAUAAUUAUAUAAAAUUUAAUAAAUUUAUUGAUACUUUAUCAUGAAUUCAACAGCCUAUGAAGUAUUUUUAACUAGUAUCAUAUUAAUUAUGUACAAUAAAAUUUUAUUUUCUGAUUGGUAGGAUUUUUAUAUUUUACAGUAGUAUGUUUGGAUAUAAAAUGUAUAUUCGAUAAGGAUGUAUAUAUCGCAUCGACUAUUAUAUUUUUAUGACUGAAGUGUAAAUCGUGUAUAAUACGGCUUAGUGAAUGCAUUUAAAUUUAGCUCAAGUAUUAGGAUUUCCGUUGGCGAAAUGUACCUUUAAUGUUUCUAUUUGAAUCCUGUAAACCAAACACCUGUUUGAGUUAUAUAACUAAGGAUUUCGAUCCUUUUAAAUAACAUUUUGAACGUUUAAAACUGUAUAAGAAAAAAUCUGAAGUAGAAUCUAUGAAAUAAAACCUUCAAAAUAUGUCUAAUUAAAUGAAAUCUUUGAAAAAUUGAUGAUCCCCUUAUCACCACUUAGGGACCGUUCAAGUAUUGCGUCACGCAAUUUUUAGUGAUUCUUGACCCCCCCCCCCUCCAUGAAACGCGCCUUAACGUUUCCUGUAUCCAAUAGUAAAACGUUUCGUGACCAACCCCAGUGAAUCUUUAUAUCUAAAACUUACUAUUAUGUGGUGUAAAGUACGGGAAAGUAUAUUAUCAGUAACGCGUAAUUCAAACAACGUAACGUUUUACAAGAGGCCCCUCCCCCCCCAAAUUCGUUACGUAAUACUUGAACGCUCCGUUAAAUGUGAUGUUACCUUUAAGCAAAAGUUAUAUAUAAUGUAACUCAUUCUGUUAAGUGAUCCCAUGAAUUAUUGUUAAAUUGAUUCAUAAAUGCAAAAAAACUUUUUCAUGCGAUUUUCUAAAUAUCAGUUCAGUAAAACAGACAGUUCUGAAUUCAACGUCCAAGGAAAAAUUUACCCGUAAAUACCUUAAUAGUGAAAUCUUACAGAAACCGUAAUUUUUCUUCAAAAGUUAUUAGGAUAUAAAAUGGGACUAAAUUGAUAUAAGAAUAAUAAAAUUUUGCAUUUAUGUUCAAAUUAAAACAGUUGAAAUUGUUAGUGUCUGGAUAUUUAGGUUCGUACAUUUGAGUGGCUUUUCUUAUUCGGAUAUUUACCAACUUUUUGUUGUAGUCAUAGAUUAUAGUUUAAGUAUUCUAUUCGUGUUUAUUAAUAAAUUUAGCUUUACAUUUUUAUAUUUUUCCCUACAUUAGAUACUGCCAGUGUACAUCACAUUGUUAUUUAACGUUGAUAUAUCUCGAAAACUAGUUAUUGAUACAUUUUUAAGGAUAUUAAAAUUUCUUAAAAAUUAUAAACAUUUUACAGCGCCUCUGCCGACUGACAAAGAAAAAUAUAUAAAGUAUUAAAAAAUGCGAAAUGUCGACAAUUUUACAUUUCGAUAUUUUAUGAUGACAGGUCCCACCAAUAUUCCAGAACAAGUGGCAUAGUACAUGUUAUGUAAAAUAAUUCAAAAAUCACUUGUGAUAUGGAAACUAGUAACUAGUGCCUGAGUAUACGGUAUUCUUAUCUGGAAUGUACAUACCUUUAUUACUAAAGUAGGUCGAAUAAGAAUAAGAAAAAGCGAAAAACAUACCAAGGUAAGGUAAUAAACCACCAAAAUUUCACUUCGUAGUUCUGCUAUGCCUAUGGUUAUGGAUAUUUUAGGAAAGAAUACCUUUAUAUACUUCCACAUGUGUCAAAAAAUCUAAAAACUUUUUUUAAAUAACAAUCACUUCAAAGAAAUAUGAAUACUUUUUAAAAGCCUUAUUGACCCCUAAAGAAGCAAGAGCUUGUCUUUGAAAAAGUAACUGAAACUAUCUAUGAUCUCCUUUCUCUCCUCUAGUUUGCGAAAUUUGAAUAAAUUUGUAAAAUGACAUGUUUUAAUACAAUUAUUGUUUGGAAAAAUUCAAUAAAAUAAAAUUUUGUUUUUAGCCACAGCCCAAUUAUAUCUGCCGGUCUGGUUAGUCUCUAUACAUAGUUGCCAAAUUAAUUUUGUGUUCAAAUAUAUAUAUUUUUAUAUAAAAUUAUUGUAUUUAGAUGUAUGAAAGUAGCUUGUUUUGAUAAUCGCUUCGAAUUUUUAUAUAAAUUGUCUUGUUAUAAAAAUUAUGAAUUUAUAUUUCACACCUUAAAUAAUACACCAAUUUUGUAUAGAAACUUAAGUUACAGUGUUAGUAGUCACUUUCAUAAUUUAGUCUUAACACUAGAUGGCGUUGUAAACAAAGGUUUUGGUAGCAGCGAGCUAGUGGCGCUAUCUUUUGAUGGUUGUCUGUAAAUGCGUACCCCACUCUUAUGUAAAAUACGUACCGUUUUCGAAAUAGACGUGUAAUUUUGUUGAAAUUAAAAUAAAAUAUAAUGUAUAGUUGUAAGCGUGUAACGUUGUAAAUAUCCUGAUAUAAAUUAUUGUAUUUCAUAAUAAAAUUUAACG